AUGUAUACCAGUGAGUUUUUGACAGUACAGUUUCCAAAGAGAAUAUUGAAAAACCCGGAAGUUUAUAGCAAUAUAUCAGCCAAAUGUGAGGAAGCUAUUGAAUGCGCCGAGAGUUCUGGAAGCCAUUUGAAAUCGUAUUACCUUGAUGGAAAGUACAAUCCAUGUAUGUUUUUUGCAUUCUACCAUGGCCAUUUCUCCACAUGUGCCGAUACACUAAUAGGGAAAGUAGGUGAUCAAAUCCCCUGUAUCGAGACUGUAUUCCAUGAAUUUUUCAAUAAUGAAACGGAGAAAUGUGAAGCAUACAAGAACUCUCAGCCGUGUUUGGUUCGUGCAAUUUUGAACGCCUGUGACGUAAUGCCAGAAGAGGGAAAAAUGAGAAAGAAGCAGAUGAAGAAAGACUUCUAUGCGGAUGAAAUUUAUAACUUUGUCCCUGCUUUAUGCAUGGAUUAUUGA